AUGGACACAAAAACGAAAGCAAUUGGUUGUCCGUUCUACAUCAAGAUUUACUACGUGCUCGUUACCGAUAGUUGGAGGAUCUGGGCAAAAAACGAUGCAAUUGGGACCCAUAAUCACCCAAUGAUCGUAUAUCCGGAGGGUCAUCGUAAGAUUAGUGACCUAAGUCCGGAUGUGAAGAAGGUUGUCCGCGACAUGACGAAGUCGAAGGUUGCGCCGCGUAACAUCAUGGCGGCCAUUGCAGAGCAAUUUCCCGACGAUCAUCCAAACAUCCGGCAUAUCUACAACUGCCGGAAUGACUUGAGGGCGGAGAUGUCCGACGGGAGAGGAGUGGUCCAACAAUUUUUGCAUUUGGCGAGACAAAGCAAGUAUCUUCACUGGGUCAUGUCCGAUGAUGAUGGCGUUCUCCAGCACGCGUUUAUGGUUCACCCAGUCACGGUGAACAUACUACGCACGUACCCGUACGUGAUCGGUAUGGACUCGACUUACAAGACCAACCGGUACGGGAUGCCGUUUUUUGAGAUAGUCGGCGUGACACCCACAAAUCAGAAUUUCCUUGUGGGUUAUGUGUUCAUGCGCAACGAGUGCACGGGAAGCUACCGGUGGGUUCUACAGAUACUGAGAGAGGUGAUCGGGUAUGAUAAGGAGCCGUCAGUGUUUUUGACAGACCGUGAGCUCAGUCUUUGUGCUGCAUUGAGAGAAGUGUUUCCCGGGAUGUCGCAUUUGCUGUGUCGAUGGCACAUUAACAAGGACGUGGAAGCUCGGGUCACUCAGAUGUUCAAGAACAAGAAGAUAGGGGCCUAA